AUGGCAUCCCUCACCCAGUCCGCAGUCCCGGCGAAUGCCACGUAUAUCCCCUCGGCAUUCAGCGUGUACAACAAUGACUUUCUGAACAUCCUCGGCUCGGCCCCGAAACUGGAGGUCCUCCUCGAGAACAAUGAUUACCCGUUCGCCCACGAGGCGAGCGUGUACAUCCCGUCUUCCGGGUCGCUCUUCAUGUCCAGCAACAUCUUCACCGACCCCGUAACCAAGGAGAAGACCAUCAAGGUGACCAAGGUGAGCGUCGAUGCGCACCCCGUCACUUCCGAGAUCAUCAACUCCACCAUCCCCAUGGCGAAUGGAGGCACCAACCAUAACGGCGGGGUCCUCUGGGCGGCCCAAGGUACCUUCAACCAGACCAGCGGCCUCUUCCAGAUGUCCGCGCAGCCUCCCUACAAGUCCGAGCUUGUCGUAGGCGACUUCUAUGGACGUCAAUUCAACUCUCCUAAUGAUGUCGUCGUAGCCAAGGACGGGUCGUUCUGGUUCACCGACCCCAUCUAUGCCUGGAAGCAGGGUAUCCGCCCUAAGCCUAAGCUGCCGAACCAGGCCUAUCGCUAUGACCCGGCAACCAAGGACGUGCGCGUCAUCGCCGAUGGUUUUGGGCGACCCAACGGUAUCACUUUCUCCCCGGAUGAGAAGACCGUGUAUAUCACCGAUACCGCCGAAACCAUUGGCGACGGAUCGGAGGAUGUGACGCAACCCGCUACGAUUUAUGCCUUCGAUGUGACGACCACCCACGGUCAGCCUUUCCUGACGAACCGUCGUGUCUUCGCCAUGGCCGGCGAUGGCAUCCCUGAUGGAAUCAAGGUUGACCAGGAUGGCAACGUAUACGCUGGCUGCGGUGACGGUGUCAACGUCUGGUCUGCCGGAGGUGUUCUCCUGGGCAAGAUUCUCAUUAAGGACGGCACCUCUAACUUCACCUUUGGCCGCAACGGCCAGAUGUUUAUCCUCAACGAGAACAAGCUGUACCGUGCGCAGCUCAACCGCAAGGUACAGGGCACUCUCAUGAAGAACUAG